UCCCAAUCAUUUUAAUCUAAUUCACAACCAAAUUUCUCCUCCUCCAUCAUUUUCUCAUUUUGAUAAUCGAACUAAUAUCUUCUCAAAAUCCCCCAAUCCUUUUUAUAGCAAUGUCCUCGGAUUCCGGUUCCGACAACGAUGAUCAAAACCCUAAUUCGAUCCUGAGCUCGAACUCGGGUUCAAUUGAUACUUCACUCGAUGCAACAGAGAAUCAGCUGGAAUCAAUCUCAAUUACCUCUCAGACCGAGGCGAGAUCAUUUAAUCAACGAGAAGAGCAAUUAAUGUUUACCAAUGGAUUAUUAACUGAAGAAAGUGGGUCAAAAGUAGCUGAUGAAUUCAAGAAGGAGCUGAGUGACAGCAAAUUGAUGGAAGAAUCGUCUUCUGGGGUGAUUAUGAACUCGUCGUCUGUCUGGAGAUAUAGUAGUUUAGAGGCGGAAGAAGUGGAGUCACCUUCUAGUCCGAGUAGCAGCGGCUAUGCAGGCGAAAGAGGGAGUAGUAAUGGUGCCACCAGUUUAGGUGAUGAGGAGAUUCACCAUGAUUCAAUUUGUGAGGCUAGGAAUGCUGGAAUUUUGAGUUCUCAGGAGCAGUGGGUUCCCAGGGAACGUGACCUCAAUGAGGAUGAUGCUUCAAUUUCAUGGAGGAAAAGGAAGAAACACUUUUUUAUUUUGAGUCACUCUGGAAAGCCCAUAUAUGCUAGAUAUGGAGAUGAACACAAACUAGCAGGAUUCUCUGCAACUUUGCAAGCCAUCAUUUCCUUCGUGGAAAAUGGGGGAGAUCGGGUUAAAGUGGUAAGAGCUGGGAAACACCAAGUAGUGUUUCUUGUGAAAGGACCAAUUUACUUAGUUUGCAUAACCUGCACAGAAGAGCCUUAUGAAUCGUUAAGGGGACAACUGGAAUUCCUCUAUGGUCAGAUGAUUCUUAUCCUCACAAAGUCUUUAAAUAGAUGCUUCGAGAAGAAUCCCAAAUUUGAUAUGACACCUUUGCUUGGAGGAACAGAUGUCGUCUUUUCCUCUCUCAUUCAUUCUUUCGGUUGGAAUCCAGCUACUUUUCUCCAUGCAUACACAUGCCUUCCCCUUGCUUAUACAACAAGGCAGACUGCAGGUGCCAUCUUGCAAGACAUAACUGAUUCAGGGAUCCUAUUUGCAAUAUUAAUGUGCAGACACAAGGUUAUCAGUCUUUGUGGUGCACAAAAGGCUUCUCUCCAUCCUGAUGAUAUGCUGUUACUCUCCAAUUUUGUUAUGUCUUCUGAAUCAUUUAGGAUGUCUGAAUCUUUCUCACCCAUUUGCCUGCCACGAUAUAAUCCCAUGGCUUUUCUAUAUGCUUAUGUGCAUUAUUUUGAUGUCGAUACCUAUUUGAUAUUGCUUACUACAAGUUCAGAUGCCUUUUAUCAUUUGAAAGACUGCAGGAUUCGUAUUGAAGAUGUACUUCUGAAAUCAAAUAUUGUAGUUGUGUUCUUCCAAUCCUUAAACAUUGCAGUGCUACUCUGCUGGGUUACACAAGAUUUUGAACUAUAUGCAGCUUUUGAUCCCCUUGCUGACAAGGCUUUGGCAAUAAAAACAUGCAAUCGGGUUUGUCAAUGGAUAAAAGACGUAGAAAAUGAAAUUUUCUUGUUGGGAGCAAGUCCAUUUUCAUGGUGAUUUCCCCAAUUACUAUGUACAUGAAAUGUAUUCGACGUUCUCUAUUAUUUAUCCCUUCUGUUUUGCCUUUUACAUAGAAAUUAUUUUUAAUAGGCUCUAUACGUGCUUGAUUGUAGUUAUACUUGUACCUUCUUACACUGCACUGUACGCGACUUGUAGCUCUCGACUUUUCUUAUCAUUUUAUGAGCAUCUUGUAUCAAUUUGAGGCUCUUAGAACAAUUCUCCUUUGCUUUGUGUUUAACAAAAUUGCAGUUUAUUUGUA